GCGGAGCUCGCUAGAUAGUACUGCAGCUAAAACCCCUCUCGACGGAUCUCUCUUCUACAGGGUGGUAAACCCUAGCUUUUAGCUUAGCCUUUGCGAAAUUUGAUACUUAGAGAGGCAUUUGACAUGGUUAGUUAUAAUGUUUCUGGCUACACAACAUUAUAUCAUUGUGUUUAGUUAAAAGUAUAAAAUAAAUUUAAAAGUUGAACUAUUCGCCAUACUAACAAGUCAUGGAUGCAGUAAACGCGUUCAACGCGGAGUUGUUCGCUAUGAUCGAGAUGAAGCCUCCAAUAUCCCGGGCUAAAAUGAUGUCUGUCACCAAAUCGGCUAUUAAAGCCAUUAAGUUGUACAAACACGUUGUCCAGAUUGUUGAAAAGUUCAUCAAGAAGUGCAAGCCGGAGUUGAAGGUUCCUGGUCUAUAUGUAGUUGAUUCCAUUGUUCGGCAGUCACGGCAUCAGUUUGGUGUUGAAAAGGAUGUUUUUGGACCCAGGUUUUUAAAGAACUUCACAGAUACUUUCCGAAACCUCUACCGCUGUCCGGAGGAUGAUAAGAGUAAAAUUGUUCGAGUGCUAAACCUCUGGCUGAAGAAUGAUGUGUUUGAUAUGGAGAUCCUUCGUCCUCUAAUGGAUAUGGCCAAUGGCACUGUUGUGCCACCUCCUGCUUUGGAAGUUCCUGUUGACCCCCAACCAGAAACUAUACCUCCGGUCAGUAAUGCCUCAGCUGUACCUGUUGUACCGCAGCUACCCACUCCAGAAGCUUUAGCUGCUGUGGCACAACUGUUUCAAACCCCUCAUGCUCAGGAGCUGCAGAGGAUGAUCCAGAACUUUCAGCAGGCAGAUAAGACAGUUGGAGCUCCUACAAUUGGAAAUAACAUAACAAAUCAACCUCAGAUGCCAAUAACCCAGCUCAACCCAUGUAGUGCUGAAACUGUGAAGAAGGGCUCAUUAGCUGAGAAACUACUUGACCGAUUUGACUAUGAUGAUGAACCUGAGGACAUGCCAGUUUCAGAAGACAACAUUCACCUACAAGGUACACCUGAAAAUUUGUUAAACCAGUUUCCUGUUCAGAUGCUAAACACAGAUGUUCAUCCAGAUGUGUUGGGACGGACUGGGGAUGGAAAGCAUAGUGGAGGAGUGAGCCAUAUUGAACAACAUUUGACACCAGAUGGAGUUAAUUCUGUAAAAGAGUCCGACACUCAGUCAUGGGAGAAUUCAGGAGAAAAUUCUUCCAUGAGGCAGGAUGGGAGAGCCAGAGGCUAUAAUGCGAGGUCCAGAUCUGCUUCUAGAUCUCCAAGGAGAAGAUCGAGAUCGAGAUCUUCAUCUCGCUCCAGGUGGUCAAGGCACCGACGCUCUCGCUCCAGAGAACGGCGCUGGAGACCUCACAUGAGUUCAGAGGAUAGGAGUGAAAGAGAGAAGGACAGAGAACGCAGACAGAAAGGUCUUCCCAGCAUGAAGAGCCAAACUCUCAGCGUUUGCAGUACCACACUUUGGGUUGGGCAGCUUGACAAGAAAACCCAGCAGUCUGAUGUAAUGUCUCUUUUGGAAGAGUUUGGUCAGAUUGAGUCCAUCAAUAUGAUUCCUCCAAGAGGUUGUGCCUAUAUUGUUAUGGUUCACCGACAAGAUGCUUAUACAGCCUUAAAAAAACUGAGUAGAGGGUCAUACAAAGUCAACCAGAAACCUACCAAGAUUGCUUGGGCUUUAAACAAAGGUAUAAAGCCAGCACACAAAAAGUUCUGGGAGGUGGACCAGGGAGUUACUUACAUUCCUUGGAGCAAAGUCAAAGUUGAGGAGUUGGAGAGCUAUCAGGAGGGUGGCAUGCUGGAUCCAGAGACACUAAAACCAGAGUGGAACAAUGCCAAGGAAGUUAACAGCCAGGCUGCCGUAAAUGGAGCAUUGGAAAUAGUACCAGAUGUGACUGUCAGUGCUCAUGUUCAGAUGCCAACAGUUUCGCAGUAUGAACCAAUUGGAAGCCCGCCUCCUUUUUCUGCCCCCAUCAUGCUUUCCCCAACGUCCUUAGCUCUAGGAGGAGCUCCUUUCUUACCCACAGAGUUUGACCCUGCACAUCUAGUAGGAGGAAAUAUUAACGCUCCAGUGGAGUCCACAGAAGAUUCUACUGGAAACAAUGAUCCCUCCUCAGCUAUUGGUGAUGGCAACCAGCUCGGCUCUCCAGCAUCACAGGUUUUAAUGCUGCCAAACCCUACAGUCAUGCAGGGUCCCCCCAGACCAGGAAUGCCACCUCUGCAUCCUCCGCUUGGCAUACCAAAUCCUCACAUGCGUCCCUUCUCUGCUCCUCCAAACAUGCAACGCAUGCCCUCGCAAAUGAUGCCAGGAGGGCCGAUGUUUCCGUCAAACAGAUUCAGAAUGCCCCUGCCCUUUCCUCCUCGGGGUCCUCCUUUCCAACGACAUCCAUCCAUGGGACCAGAGAUUAUGAAUGAUGGGGAGAGGGGGCAUUUCCGAGCCAUUAGACCAGGAUUUGGACGCCCACCAUUUCCAAGAGGGAGGUGGUAGAGAAUAGUUUAUAAUGAACCUGAAGGGGAGUCUGUAAAACAUCUGUUAAAGGUUUUCACAAAAUCUGUGUCAGCAAGGAAACCUGUGAGCACCUGGUGGCGCUGUAUCUUCUGUUCAGACUUGCUCCUUUUCUCCGUUUCCGACACUAACAAAUUAAAACACUGUAUUCCGAAGAUGCUCCUGUAAGUUCACCAGAGACGUUUUUUCCUGUUUGUUUUUUGCUGUAUGUCCUGAACAUGCGUGUAUAUAUUUACCUUUUUGUAUAUUUACAUUUGUGUAUGCUCCCCUCUGAUGGCAUUAUAUGUUGUUUUAAAUACUCAGCAUUUCUCUUCUGAAGUACAAAAAAUAAGAGAAAAUCUAUCCUAUCCGUUUUUAGCAGCUGACAUGUCAGAAAAAAAUAAUUUAAUCUGCCGCCAGUAGAGGGUGGAAUAAAUCCUACUUCUAAACCUGUGAUACAUUAAGGUCACACCUUGUACAACUAUGUGCACUGAAUAAAAAAUAUCCACCAUU